GAAACGAAGAGACGAGAGGAGAGUAGACCAGAGAAGCAGCAAGGCCCGUCAUUUUCUUUUGAGCUCCAAUAUAUAUUAUUGAAAUCACAUUUCAGUUUCAUCCGAUUAAAAAAUUAGGGUUUAAGCAGCUAAAGCAGCAAGCCAAUGGCCUGAAUAUGGACAAUCAGCUCCUUUUCACGCCUAAUCGUGAUUGAAAUCCUGAUUCUUUUGGGUUUUACUGAUGGCCGUGGUGAGUCCAGUGCCUCCAAUCACGGAGCUUGGGAGUCCGUUGAGGCUUUCUGAGUUUGGAGGUUCGAGGAAGAUGAACGGCAGAAGUUGUAGUAGCAGCGCCAGCGAGGUUGCGCCCGUGGCUAGGAUGAUUGAAGAGAAGAUAUACGUCGCCGUUGGGAAAUCCGUCAAGGAGAGCAAGUCGCUGCUUGUUUGGGCUUUGCAGAACUCGGGAGGGAAGAAGAUUUGCCUUCUUCACGUUCACACUCCUGCUCUGAUGAUUCCUCUGAUGGGUGCCAAAUUUCCGGCAAGUUCGCUGAAAGAUACGGAAGUCAGGGCAUUCCGUGACAUUGAAAGACAGGAAAUGUACAAGAUCCUAGCUGAAUAUCUUCGUUUAUGUCGAAAAGCAGGGGUCCAGGCUGAAGAGCUGGUUGUUGAGAAGGAAUCCAUCGAGGAUGGCAUCCUUGAGCUUAUCACUAGUCAUGGGAUUAAGAAGCUUGUGAUGGGAGCUGCAGCAAACAGGCGAUAUUCCAAGACUAUGAUGGCCCCUAAGUCAAAGAAGGCCACCUCAGUGAAGGAACGAGCACCAGCUUAUUGUCAUAUAUGGUUUGUUUGCAAGGGCCAUCUUAUCCACCCGAGGCUUGCUACUUUGCAUCAAGAUGAUGACACCAAAUCCCCUCAGCAACAAGGGAGUCCAAGCAUGAGAACUGGGAAUUACCUGCGAUCCCGUUCUGCUCAGGUGAAGCCUUCCAACCCAGUGCAAGAUCUGUUCCGCAGGAUGUCUUCUCUAAAUCUUGAUGCCGAAUCCAAUGGGGGGAGAGAAACACAGCCUACUAUGCCAGAUGAUACUAGAAAGGUGGGAACACCAGGGGCCAGGUCAGAUGCAAGUUCUGAUGAAUGUGAAUCAAGGAGCACAUCACAGGGUUCAAAUCUAUCAGCAAGUUCUUCUGGUGAAAUGGUCAACCUUGCUGUUGUUCCCAGUUUGAUAACUGUAGGUAGUUUCAUGGCUUCAGAGAUAAGCACUUUGCCAGAGAAUGCAGAUGGUCUUUAUCAUACAUCUCCUCCCACUGUACUGGAAAGAACUUUAGUGGAUCCUCUUUACGAACAGCUUAAACGGACAAUGGAAGAGUCGAUAAGCACCAGGAGGGAAGCACUUGAGGAAGCACUCAGGCGUGCAAAAGCUGAAAAGAAUGCCAUUGAGGCCAUACACAGGGUACGUUUUCCUUUCAGAGUGACGAGCCCCCUUCCCUUUCCUUUCCGAAUAAAUAUUGAGAACAUUUUCUGCCAACAGGUGAAGGCAUUAGAAAGCCUUUAUGCUGAAGAGUCAAAGCAAAGAAAAGAGAUCGAACAAGCAAUAGCGAAAGAAAAAGAAGAAGUUGAUGUCAUGAGGAAUAACCGGGACAAAGUUAACGAUGAACUUCGCGUUGCCUUGGAUCAUAAAGCAUCACUAGAAACCCAAAUUGCUGAAUCUGAUCAAACAGUUAAGGAAUUUGAGCAAAAAAUCUUUGCUGCCGUUGAGCUGUUGCAAAAAUACAAGGAAGAGCGGGAAGAAUUGCAGGUGGUGCGCGAUAAUGCACUAAGACAAGCUGAAGAGCUGAGGAGAAGUAGAGCAGAGGCCUCAAAAGCAACAAUGUAUGAGUUCUUUUCGGAGUUCAGAUUCACAGAGAUCGAGGAAGCAACUAAUAACUUUGAUCCAUCUCUGAAGAUUGGUGAAGGUGGAUAUGGUAGCAUUUACAGAGGGGUACUGCGACACAGCCAAGUGGCUAUAAAGAUGCUUCACGCUCAUAGCAUGCAAGGUCCCUCAGAGUUUCAACAAGAGGUGGAUAUAUUGAGCAAGAUGAGGCACCCAAAUCUUGUCACCCUGAUUGGAGCCUGUCCUGAAGCCUGGACUCUUGUAUAUGAGUUUCUUCCGAAUGGAAGCCUUGAAGAUAGACUGAGCUGCAGGGACAACUCUCCUCCUUUAUCUUGGCAAACUCGUAUCCGCAUAGUCACCGAGCUAUGCUCUGUUCUCAUAUUUCUUCACUCAAGCAAACCACAUAGCAUUGUUCAUGGUGAUCUGAAACCCGCAAAUAUUCUCUUAGAUGCUAACUUGGUUUGCAAGCUAAGUGACUUUGGGAUCGCGCGGCUACUUCAUCAAGAUGAAGAUUCCAGUGGCAGAGAAAUGAUGCUUCACAGGACUGCUCCGAAGGGUACUUUUGCUUAUAUGGAUCCCGAGUUUCUUGCCUCCGGGGAGCUCACUCCCAAGUCCGAUCUUUAUUCCUUUGGGAUAAUACUUUUAUGUUUGUUGACUGGGAGGUCGCCUUUGGGUUUAACCAAAGAAGUGCAAGAUGCAUUAAACAAAGGCAACUUGAAAUCUCUACUAGAUCCUUUGGCAGGGGACUGGCCCUUUGUGCAAGCCGAACAGUUGGCUCGUUUGGCACUACGCUGCUGCGAGUUAAACCGGGAAAACCGGCCAGAUCUUGCAUCAGAGGUAUGGAGGGUGCUCGAACCUUUGAAGGCAUCAUGUGGAGGGCCAUCAAGUUUCCGGGCUGGAUCAGAAGAACCAUGCCAGCCUCCUUUGUACUUCAUAUGCCCCAUUUUCCUGGAAGUUAUGAGGGAUCCACAUGUAGCAGCCGAUGGAUUUACAUAUGAAGCAGAAGCAUUUAGAGGAUGGCUGGACAGUGGACAUGAGACGUCCCCGAUGACCAAUAUGAAGCUUGAGCAUUCCAAUCUCGUCCCCAACCGGGCACUGCGUUCUGCGAUUCAGGAGUGGCUUCAACAGCAACAAAGCAGCAUCACUUGAUUUUCCCUUUUGAGCAAUGCAUCUGUUAAUGUCACUAUGUUUGCAAGGUAAAAGCUUACCCAAAAGAUAGAAGAACCAUCGUGUAUGUUCGCUCCUCCGACUUGUCCUUGGGAGGAGAACUAUCAGUAUCAGUAGGAAAGCAGAGAUCCUCACUUUCCAUUUUUGUAUUGUAGAUGGAGAUCGUGGAACUACUGUUUACUUGUAGAGAAACAUACAUUACCGUUGUUUGUACAUAUGCACACAGAUAUACAUACAUUAUAUAAACGUAGCAUCUUUGCUUUCUGUAUUAGAUGCAAGAUCUACGCAUUAUGUAUUAGAACUAAUAACAUAAUUUGAGAUCAAUUAGCAGGAUGA